AUGAUUGAACUCGAGCCGCCCGAGUGCGCCCCCGCACCCGCAGAGAACUACCCCGCCGUUCCCGACUGCUUCGCGGCGCAGCAGGCGCGCCAGCGCGCCAUCUUCCGCCCGGCCGAGCUGCCCGGCGUGAACCGGUACGGCAACUGGCGCACGAUGUACGAGGGCAACGUGAUAUGGUACCGGUACUGGAAUGUCGACGAGGACGACAUGGGCCUCGUGGGGGCGAUUAUCACCGUGUACCGCGACGGCAGCAUGGAGGUCGACGAGGACGGCCACGGCGCAGGCUGGAUCUACCCCGACUAUCUUGACAAGAACGUCCGCUACCUCGUGCCCAUUGCGCCGCACACUAUCCCGCCGACAAUCCACUUCCUGCUCUCGUGGAACUUGCGCCGCUGUGCCGAUGUCGGCGGCCCACUGGUUGGCGCAGAGGCGACCAAGGCCCGCAACCUCGGCGACCCGCCACCGCUCGUGCGGCCAGACUACAUCACAAACUGGCACCAGCUCACGCGCCUCACCCGCGUCUGGCUCGAGGACGAGGCGGGCUUCUGGGACAAGUACCGGUGGUACUACCUCCGUCACGCACUCUCCGACACUCUCCCAAGACCAAACCGUCCUACGGCGGGCUGUGCCCUCAUCCUCCUCGUCGCCCUCGCCCUCGCCGUCACCACCAGUCGGCGCCGCGUCGUCCGAGUCGACCUCCAUAUCGUCGUCAUCGUCGCUGUCCUUCCUCUGCUUCUUCUUCUUGCUGCUGCGCUUCUUCUUGCGUGGCCGCUCGGCAUCCUCCCCGUCGACGUCGUCAUCGUCGACGAUACCCGCGUCCUUGCGCUUCUUGCGCUGCUCGGCACGCUUCUCCUUGCGCGAUUCCUCCUCGACCCGUCGUGCCUCAAUCUCCUCCUGCCACUGGCGGGCCUCGUCACGUGCAGCCUUGCGCUGCUCGGCAAGCUCGGCAGCUUUGGCCUGGAUCUCGGCUUGACGCUUGGCCGCGGCCUCGUUGAUGCGCUCCUGCUCCGCAGCACGGACACGGCGUGCUUCCUCAACACGUGCAGCUGUCUCGCCCUCGAACGCCUCCUGUUUGGCGACCUGUUCUGGUGCCUUGCGGAGAAGACCUUCACCGUAGCGAGCACGCUGGUCGGCCAUGUCGGCGUCGUAGGCGUCCUCUUCGACGGGUCGAGCGAGAGCAUGAUCUCAGCAGCUUUCUGCUGGAUCAUGGCAAUGUUGUAG